ACGCUGCACAGGAACACACAUCCCAGACAAACUGGAAAACAAUCUGCAGUUACUGUAAACAUGGCCGGACUGUUCCUGCCCGGCAGAGGAAGCCGCAUAGUCCUGAAAGCCGACGUUGCAGAAAACGGCCGCCCCUCGCCCCGGCGCCUCGGGCCCCUUAGCGGCCUUCUCGAUCUGAUGUAUGACAAAGGCGGAGGAGAGGGCUCUCGAACGUACAGCAGAAAAUUUCAGCGGAAUAAAAACGAGCCGCGCUUUAACGUGGAUGCAUGUCUCUGUGCAGGAAUCCUCUUCUCUACCCUGGUGUUCGGGCCCGCCUGUGGCUUCAUCCUCGGCUCCGUUUGCACCAAAUUCUACGUGGACGCCAUCUUCAUUGAAUCAAGUAAACUGGGCAUCACUCCAGAUGACCCGCGGUGGAUCGGGGCCUGGUGGGCCGGCUUCCUGCUGUGUGGUGCCUUACUCUUUUGCUCAGCAGUCUUGAUGUUCGGCUUCCCGCAGUCCCUGCCGAGCAAGGAGCGAGACGAGGGAACGGAGAGUGAGCAGGUUAUGCUCCCCCCCUCCCUUAGCUCAGAGUUUGAGACUCCAAAGCCCACUAAUGGAGUCGUUGUCAGCCAUGAGCCGGCAAACAGCCCCACCUGCUGUCAGCAGCUGAGAGUGAUCCCUAAAGUGACCAAGCACCUGCUGUCCAACCCCGUGUUCACCUGCAUCAUCCUGGCGGCCUGCAUGGAGAUCGCCGUGGUGGCCGGCUUCGCAGCCUUCUUGGGGAAAUAUCUGGAGCAGCAGUUCAACCUCACCACCUCCUCCGCCAACCAGCUGCUGGGUAUGACGGCCAUCCCCUGCGCCUGUCUGGGGAUCUUCAUGGGCGGCCUGCUGGUGAAGAAACUGAACCUGUCGGCGCUGGGGGCCAUCCGCAUGGCCAUGCUGGUCAACCUGAUCUCCACCGCCUGCUACAUCUCCUUCCUGUUCCUGGGCUGUGACACGGGUCCUGUGGCAGGAGUCACCGUCAGAUACGGCAAUGAGAGUGUGUUUGUUUUAGAACUCAGCCCUGCCGCUCUUCUGCUCAGGACGCUCCGGGUGGGAGAGAAGCCCCAGGCUCAGUGCAUCAGUCACUGCGACUGCUUCACCUCCUCCAUCAGCCCCGUCUGCGGCUCCAACGGCGUCACCUACCUGUCCUCCUGCUUUGCCGGCUGCACCCGGACAGGAAACCUGACCGGAUGCACUUGUGUAUCGGCUGAAAGCGGGCUGGGCUCUGCAGUUCCGGGGAAAUGUCCCAUGCCGGGCUGCCAGGAGUCUUUCCUCAUCUUCCUGUGUGUGAUUUGUGUCUGCAGCCUGGUGGGAGCCAUGGCCCAGACUCCCUCUGUCAUCGUCCUUAUCAGGACCGUGAGUCCUGAACUGAAAUCAUACGCUCUUGGAGUUCUCUUCCUUUUGCUCAGACUUCUUGGCUUUAUCCCUCCUCCGCUGAUCUUCGGUGCGGGGAUCGACUCCACUUGCCUUUUCUGGAGCUCAGACUGUGGCGAAAAGGGCGCCUGCCUGCUGUACGACAACGUGGCCUACAGGCACCUCUACGUCAGCCUCGCCAUCGGCCUCAAGGGCGUGGCCUUCCUCCUCUACUCCACCACCUGGUACUGCUUGCGCAGGAACUACAAGAAAUACAUCAAAACUCACGAGGGCCACAUGACCGCCACUGAAUUCUACCCCUCCCUCAGCGACGGCCCCAAACUGGCCGACAGGACAAAAUUUAUAUAUAACCUGGAGCACCAAGAGUUCUGCGAGAACAUGGAGUCGGUCUUAUAAGGCCCACGUGGACGCCCGCGUUCUCUCUGAGGAACUUUAACCCCUCCUCUUCUUUCUGAAAGAGCAGAGGUCCGCUGAGGCCGCAGGAGACACGGCCUGCUGGGCGCUCCAGGCUUUUUCCAAAGGGUCCAUUCUAGUCGUUCUUCAGUGGGGUGUCGUCCAGUGCAAUGCCAGUGGUGAAUUCCUGUGUUGGCGUGCCAGUAGAUGACCACCACAGUCCAGCGUGGCUCAGCCCUGGCCGCUCACCACGCUGCCAAACUGUUUUAGGCCCGUCCGGACUCUGUGUGAACAGUGUAGGGGUUCCUGUCCUUCAACACUGUGCGUUCUCUGUCUGUGCAUCUCAACAGAAAAAAACAACACUUUAAUGGUAUAAAACAAAAGCUUCCGAGUGAUUUUCAGUUGUUGCCAAGUGUUUACAAACUUGUAGUCGAUCAGCCACUGUUUUAUUUCCAUGCAGGAAGGUUUCUUAUAACAUGAGACCAGAAGCACCCGGACAGGGUUAUAAUAGUGGCCUAUUAGAUGUUUGUUUUUCUUUUUUUUGUUUUUCUUUUUUUUGUUCUCUUGCUGGAUCGUAGACACUGUUUUUGAUACUUGCUUAGACUAGACUGUGGAGUCUUGUCUCAUAGAUGGAAACGUGCAAUUCAUAUCUGAAAUGUCAAAGUUUAUGAAUAGAUAUGUGUCAGACUGCAGGUUUAUUUUUCACUGUAGCAAUUUGUUUUGUUUUUUCCACAUUUGUUCCUGCAGAGUGUAUUCAGCCUAAUAUGUCUUAAUAAGGGAUUAAUUUAAUAAGAAUGUAUCUUUCUAUUAGCUUCUGCACAGAUUGGAGGAGUGAGGAGGAAAAUGAAAAGCAGAAGAAGAGUUUUCAGAGCUCCUGUUAAUGGGAUUAGCAGUGAUACGUUUGGUUGAUUAGGCCCAGGCUGUUUUAUUAGAUUGUGCUUUAAAUUACUCUAAGUUAUCUUUGAUCUAAUUGUCUGGGAUUUUUAUGUGUGCGACUGAUGUAGCAGAAGUGAUCUCCAUAUUGUGGAACUUGGUAUGUUACAUCAUUUUGGGAUGCAAAAACAAAGCCUGUCACCAGUCUAGCUCCGUAAUAAUUGACGUAAAUGAAAACAAAGCGGGAGAUUAUGUGUGCAAAAUAAAGAGCACUGGGCUGAUUCCUGUAUUUGAAAACACAUCACGUUCCUCUACUGGUUUCUCUGCAGUCACAGUUUUGACAUCCCUUUUCUUACACUUUUUGUAUGGCAGCAUAUUGUUUAUUUUAUUCUGGAAAUAAAUUAUUUUUCAGAAAAUUA